CGCAACAGAUUGAUUUGGCGGGAGGCAACGGUAGCACGCUGGUCUUUCCCGCCAGCGACUAUAAUAAAUACUCGAAACCCUCAUUUCGCCGGCGCCUCUCUCACUCUCUCUCUUUAUCUGAAUCUGUCUCUGUCUCUGUGCGACUGAGAUUUCUAUCUCUUUUCUACAAUGAGUUCCUCAGAGACCCAAGAAGGUUCAGAUCUGGCUCUGAAAUUCAAAUCGAAGAAACCCUUAACCCAAACGAAGCCCCAAUCGGUGGAGAAAGACCCGAUUUUGACCGCGCCGACGCCGGAGAAGACCCUGCAGCCGGCGCCGCCUCGAGCCCGGAACCGGAACUUCGCGCUAUCCAUCGGAGAAAUCAGGAGAGCCGCGGCGAAAAGCGUCGGCGAGAAGAAGGAGCAGAUCGGAUCUGCCAGACGGCAAAUCGCUUGGCCGGAGGAGAAUCCGAAGAAGGCCCGUGUGGGGGCCCCGAAAAAGCUACCGGAGAAGUUUGAAAUGUUGGGUGAGUUUUUCAAUUGCUUGGAUAGUUCGAUUCGGUUGUUGAGGUCUAAGGGAUUGAAGACGAGCUUCAGGAACAUCUGCCCGGCGGUUGAGGAUUUGACUGAUAGGAGGUUUACAUAUAGUCACUUGGCUCAGAUGAAGUUUAUUUUGCCUGAGGUGAUUGAGAUAAAGAAAGUGCUUGUGUUGGAUGAGCGAACCAGUUGUUUGAAACCGGAUCUUCAUGUUGCCUUGAAUGUUCAAGCAUUAGAGAACGAUGGCAAGUCGAAAUCUGAAGGUGGGGGGAUUGUGCAGUUGAAGAAGACACUGAAUUUGAGAAGGGUGUUCCGUGAUCGGCUUGUGCAGGUUUCCAGAUCCUAUCCUGAGGAUUAUGAAAUUCCGGAAGAAACUCUGCCCCAUCCAUUCAACUGUGGCAAGCAAGAUAUACAUAGGGUCAAGUUUUCCUCCUCAUCCUCUCCUGGGGAGGUGUCAACCGAUGUAGACACAGUUGAGCAACCAGCAGUUUUUAAGACCUGCCUUCAGGGUGAUGAAAUUCCAGAUGAAACACAUCAAACGCCAUCUAAUCAAUCAAUGGAGGAUUUGAAUUUUAACAUAAUCAGAACUCCCAGUGUUCCAUUGCCUAUUAAGACAUCAUUUGAAGCACCUAAAAAUCAGCAACCAGAAAUAGCAUCUCAUCUUUCGCUAUCUUUUCGAAGGCACUUUUCUCAGAAAGCUAAACACAGUGAGUCAGAGAACAUACAGGAUGAUCCACCGAAGGCAUCCCUCCGAGCUUCAAAUCUUUCAGUUUCAGAGUCAAAUCUCAAUACAGUUUGCUCCGUUAAGGAAGAUGAUAUUGCUGCUUCUUCACAUGGUCAAGUGCUCAAUACAGUUUGCUCUGUUAUGGAAGAUAGUAUUGCUGCUUCUUCCCAUCGUCAAGUGCUUGCAACCCCAACCAAAAAGAUAGACCCUUUAGAGGAUGAUGGUUUGCCUGGAAAUAAUACUGCCAUUCAGUCUGCUCCAGGAAAGCUUGCUUCAACUCCAGCAAAGCUUGUUUCCUCUCCAGCAAAGUUGAUGUCCAUCACACCUGCACCGCACCCACCAAAGCGAUGUUUUAUGAGCCCAGAGGAUAGCUCACUGAACAAGUUGGUCAGGCGUCCUCCACGCACCAGGUCGUUGAAAUUUGACACUCCUGUGAAGAGUAGAAAUGCUGAAGAUGAAGUUCUUGAUACGGAUGAGGCAUCAAUGGAUAAAGACAUUCUUGAUAUUCUUCCGAGGGAUCUUUUGCAAUCGCUUAGAGAUAAGGAGAGGAAGGCAACAGAGGAGAGAAAUCCAGCCAUCUCACAAGCUAAGAGGCGGCAGAAAAUGAUUGCCAACCUGCCGAAACUCUUUAACAUGAUUCAUUUCCUAGUUCAGUCAAUGAACCGUUCUUUUAUCACCAAACAGGAGCUUGUACACAAGAUAAUUUGGAACCAUUGUGACAUGAUUGACAGAAAGGAUGUUGAAGAGCAACUGAAUUUACUGCUAGAAUUGGUUCCAGACUGGAUUUCUGAAAAGAAACUUGGAGGAGAUUUGCUUUUCAACAUUAAUAAAAGAUCAUGUCCUGAGGCAAUACGUUCCCGUCUUGAAGAAGCAAACUGAGCUGGAGAAUGCUAGAUUUCUUUAGUUUACUGUAAGAAACUAAUAUAGGAUUGUGUAUGAUUUCCCUUCUUCAUUGAGCUCCUUGUAAUAUGUUUUGGUUAGUUAUUUCAUCAUGUAAAGUUAAGAGUAUGAUUUGUCGAAAAGUAUCUAAUUCCCUAUAUUCCAAUUCUGGUGUUUUUGUAAAUGAAAGCAAACAAAAGUUUCUCAGA